AGUCGACUAAUAAACCAAAACCCAACGAAAUCUCGAAUUUGCCCCUCCAUUUGAACACACCACCAGGGGUAUAAAAAGUCAUUGUCAACUUCCAAUCAAGUCUUCCAUUGCAAACACAUACUUCACAUACACACACAUAGAAAAAAGGUAAGAAAGAUGAUGGAAGGAAGUGUAGGGGAUAGAUCAGGAAUCAAUGAAUCUGUCAUCAUAAAAGCUUGUUUCUUAGCAGUUAAAUCGCAUAAAUCUGCUGUGGGGUAUAUAAAGGAAACCGGCACCGAUGAAACUGUCAUUUUCGCCUUCAGUGGAUCAUGGUCUGUGCAAGAUUUCUACACCUCCAAGCCUUUUGGAGAAACCAAGAUCGACGUUUCGCUGUUUCCUUCGAUAAAAAGCAUCGGAAACAAUGAACUUGCCAUGAUCUAUCAUGGCUUCUUUUGCAGAUUUCAAUCUGUUCUGCAAAAUCCAUCUUUCCAGAAUGAGGUGGAGAAAGCAGUGAAGAGAGAAAAACCGAUCAUCUUUACUGGGCAUUCCACAGGUGGUCCGGUGGCCAUCCUUGCAGCUGUCUGGUAUCUGGAGAAAUACACAAGAUCCGGCAACCGGCCGCCCUGUAAAUGUGUGACUUUCGGGUCCCCACUUGUUGGGGACCGUAUAUUCACUCAUGCUCUAAACCGAGAGAAUUGGGCGCGUUUUUUCCUCCAUUUUGUCGGGAGACAUGAUAUUGUUCCUCGAAUAACACUAGCCCCCUUCUCCUCCAUCAGGAAUGAAUUCCAUCACAUUCUUGAUUUCUUAAAUCCCAAUUCAAGAAACUUCCAAAAAUCAUCAAGUCUAACAUCCCAAGAUGCUUCGGCUUUUUUCAACAAAGUUUUGAAGAAUGCAUCAUCUGUUGCCAGUCAUGAUGCUUGUAAUCUUAUGGGAAGUACAAAUUCAUUAUUGGAGAUCAUAUCUAGCUUUGUUGAACUCAGUCCUUACAGGCCUUCUGGCACUUAUAUUUUUUGUACCGGGAAUGGGAAAAUGGUUCACAUUUCGAAUCCAAAUUCAGUUCUUCAGAUUCUGUUCUACUCUUGUCAACCUGAUGAUGAAUCACAAGUUAUCAAUACAGCAAAAAGAAGCUUAUGUAUGGAUUACAUCAAUGAACUAAAUGAUAGUUUAUUAGGGAUGCAAGAUGUUGUGUACCUGGAUGACAAAAUGGAGAUCCCGUUGUCUUCAAACGGCUAUGACGCAGCCUCUAUAAACACGGCUCUAACAGACCUCGGUCUGAGCACGAGGGCAAGGCUGUGUCUUCGAGCAGCACAAGCAUUUGAAAAGCAAAAGCUAGAAAAUGAAAGGAUGAUCGAUUCAAAUAUACCCAUCAUCGAGAAAACACAAGAUUUAAUAGCCAAGUACAAACAGACGUGUGAAGACCGCAGGAUUGGUUAUUAUGACGCUUUCAAGAUGCAAAAGGAUAGCGAGGACUUCAGGGAAAACGUAAGGAGGCUUGAACUUGCAGGUAAAUGGGAUGAGAUUGUGGAAAUGUUGAAACGGUAUGAACUCCCAGACGGGUUCGAGAGCCGUAAAGAUUGGAUAGAGCUAGGGACCAAGUUCAGGAAACUGGUCGAGCCACUAGACAUAGCUAAUUACUAUCGGCACUCAAAGGAUGAAGACACAGGGACCUAUCUCAGAGAUGGUGGUAGACCAAAACGUUACAAGUUCACUCAAAGAUGGCGUGAGCAUGCUUUGAGGUUGAAAGAAGGGUCCAGUUCUGAGACCACUUUUUGGGCGAAAGUGGAGCAGAUAAGAAGGAAACCAUUUGAAGAAACAAAGGAGCAAAUUGUGGCUCUGGAGAAAGAAGUGCAUGAAUGGGUUCAGAAAAACGAGCUCGAGAAGGAUGUGUUUUUGGAAAAAUCUACGUUUGCAGAGUGGUGGAAAACGCUCCCUGAGAGACAUAGAUCGGAAUCUUGCCUGAAAGGGUAUUUAUGUAAUUCCGCACAGUGAAAACAACGAUGUUUCAUCCAGAAAUAAGAGAACUCUCAUCUGAAGUGAGCAACUAAUAGUUAUUUGUGUGCCAUUCCCUGUAACCAAUUAUGCCAAAAUUAUGUGUAUUACUUAUUCCUUCUAGGUAGGUUGGUGCCUACGUAUCUCUUUCAAUUCCAAUAAAUCUCAUCAUUUUGCCACUUCAA